GAGAAGGAAAGGACAGACAGAUGACAGACGGGGGUCUGGACAGAAGGGGUGAGGUUUCUUGAAGCAACUGGAGGUCCUGGAAGUCUGGUUCCCACCUUGAGAGCCUCUUCCCAUAGGCAAUGCGCACCCAGGCACAGGAGGGCAGAGAGCAUCUAGAAGAAACGAGGCGCCCCAUUCUCCACAAUAUUCCAGGACAAAAAGCUUCCAAUCACUGCUCCCUGCAUCUCUGUGAAGAGGCCCACUUCUAACAGACCGUGCUGGGCUGACUCCCCAUCAUGCAAGGCAGGCUCAAUCUCCCCACUCUCUGCCACCUCUUUCUCCCCUGGGCCUUCACCACCCUCCACAGAGCCCUGGGGGACCCAGCACCCCACCCUGGCUCCCACUACCUCCUGCCCCCCAUCCACGAGGUCAUUCACUCUCGUCGUGGGGCCACCACCACGCUGCCCUGCGUCCUGGGCGCCCCGCCUCCCAGCUACAAGGUGCGCUGGAGCAAAGUGGAGCCGGGGGAACUCCGGGAAACACCCAUCCUCAUCACCAACGGACUGCACGCCCGGGGCUACGGGCCCCUGGGGGGGCGUGCCAGGAUGCGAAGGGGGCAUCGGCUAGACGCCUCCCUGGUCAUCGCGGGCGUGCGCCUGGAGGACGAGGGCCGGUACCGCUGUGAGCUCAUCAAUGGCAUCGAGGACGAGAGCGUGGCGCUGACCCUGCGCCUGGAGGGUGUGGUGUUCCCGUACCAGCCCAGCCGGGGCCGGUACCAGUUCAAUUACUACGAGGCGAAGCAGGCGUGCGAGGAGCAAGACGGGCGCCUGGCCACCUACGCCCAGCUGUACCAAGCGUGGACCGAGGGUCUGGACUGGUGUAACGCGGGUUGGCUGCUCGAGGGCUCCGUGCGCUACCCUGUACUCACGGCGCGCGCUCCGUGCGGUGGCCCAGGUCGGCCCGGCAUCCGCAGCUACGGGCCCCGCGACCGCAAGCGCGACCGCUAUGACGCCUUCUGCUUCACGUCGGCGCUGUCAGGUCAAGUGUUCUUCGUGCCGGGGCGGCUGACGCUGUCCGAAGCCCACGCGGCUUGCCGGCGGCGCGGGGCCAUGGUGGCCAAGGUCGGGCACCUCUAUGCCGCCUGGAAGUUCUCCGGGCUGGAUCAAUGCGACGGCGGCUGGCUGGCGGACGGCAGCGUGCGCUUCCCCAUCACCACGCCCCGGCCGCGCUGCGGGGGCCUCCCGGAUCCCGGAGUGCGCAGCUUCGGCUUCCCCAGACCCCAGCAGGCGGCCUACGGGACCUACUGCUACUCCGAGUAGGCGCCCCCAGCACCCCCUCCAGUGCGCACAACAAAGCCUGGGAGUCGUGGCAGGGGUCUCUCUCCGCUCCUUUCCCGCGAGCCUCCCCUUCCAACAGACGAGGACCGGCCCCUCUUGACCCACCUUCUCGGCCGAGGGCUGCAGGCCGAGGAUCCCGGCUGGCCCGGCGUCGGGGAAGGGACGCGGUGGCGCACCUGGUGGUGGUGCGCGGCUACGACCCUCGGACCCGCGGCGGUUCGCGCACCCGCAGCAGACGACGCAGCCACUGCUAGGUGACUGGAGGGGCGUCCAAGGGGCAUUAACUGACUUCUAGUAUACAGCAAUAAAAUAACUUGAGGACUCUU